AUCCUCCUCCCAUCUUCUUAUCUGUCAUUCCUGCUCUCCCAACCUUUCUUCUCUGUCUCUCGUUGCGAAGCUGCGCCACAAGAAUCUCAUCAAUAUGGGAAAAUGGGAGUGUCCUCUAUUCUCUCCUUUUCCCAGACACACUUUGCGUCUGACACUUUCACAGCUCCCCUGUGAGCCAAGCAAGCAGGCAGGUAGGUGAACUUCAUGCAGGGAAGGAGUGUGUUAAUGUAUUUGUGUGUGUGUGUGCUGCCUCACUGAGCCACAGAGCCCCCUGCGGCGAGGAGAGUGGAGCAUUUGUCCUUGAGACUGACUGACUGCAGACGUGGAGCAGGGCGUCCAGUGCCUGAAAGUGACAGGAAGUAUCAGACAUCAAGAAGGAUGAAGAAAAACGUCCACCUGGGAAUUGUCAAACGAGGGAACAAGAACCAGUGUGAAGAUCGGACGGCCCAGGUGAUGUAGGCGAGGUUCCCAGACAUCUGGGCAGGAUGUCGGCGAGGGGCCCGGACCCCCCGUGUCCCUCGUCCAUCAAGCGGGAGCCGUCCAGCCCCGGCAGCUCCCAGGGGGACGCCAGCCCGGCUCUACCCAGCCCCGCCAGCUCGUCCUCAGACACCAACUCCAGCUUCGGCCCGCCGACCAAGGGCCGCUGCCACGCCAACGAGCUGGGUUCCGCCCACAACGGAGGGCCAAUCAGGAGGUUGGUGGAGGAGGAGGCCCACGUGAAAUGUGAAUUCCUGCUGGGCGCCGUGGCCAAGCGUGUGUGUCUGGUGUGCGGUGACGUGGCGUCGGGCUACCACUACGGUGUCGCCUCGUGCGAGGCCUGCAAGGCCUUCUUCAAGAGGACCAUCCAGGGUAACAUCGAGUACAGCUGCCCGGGCUCCAACGAAUGUGAAAUCACCAAACGAAGGAGGAAGUCGUGCCAGGCUUGUCGCUUCGUCAAGUGUCUGGCCGUCGGCAUGUUGAGGGAAGGCGUGCGUCUGGAUCGCGUUCGAGGCGGCCGGCAGAAGUACAAGCGCAGAAUGGACACGGAGAACAGCGCCCCCUAUCUCCACCUGCACAGCGUCCUGCCACACAAGAAAACAUCGAGCGCCAACCAAGUGGUGUCGCUGCUGCUGCUGGCCGAACCCGAUGCCAUUUUGGCAAUGGCCGACCCCACGGUGCCCGACAGCGACAUCAAGGCGCUGACCACGCUGUGCGACCUGGCCGACCGGGAGCUGGUGGUCAACAUCGGCUGGGCCAAACACAUCCCAGGCUUCCCGUCGCUGUCGCUGGCCGACCAGAUGAGCCUCCUGCAGAGCGGCUGGAUGGAGAUCCUGAUCCUGCGCGUGGUCUUCCGCUCCCUCGCGUUGGACGAGCAGCUGGUGUACGCCGAGGACUACGUGAUGGACCAGGACCAGUCCAAGAUGGCCGGCCUGCUGGACCUCAACAAUGCCAUCCUGCAGCUGGUCAAGAAAUACAAAAGCGUUAGACUGCAGAGGGAAGAAUUCGUGCUCCUCAAGGCCAUCGCGCUCGUCAACUCAGACUCGGUGCACAUCGAGGACUCUGAGGCAGUCCAGCACCUCCAGGACGUCCUUCACGAGGCCUUACAGGACUACGAGGUUGCCCAGCAUGCGCAGGACCCUCGACGGGCCGGCAAGCUGAUCAUGAGCCUCCCUCUGUUGCGGCAGACGGCCGCCCGAGCCGUGCAGCACUUCUGCGGCAUUAAGCGGGACGGGCGCGUGCCCAUGCACAAACUCUUCCUGGAGCUACUAGAGGCCAAAGCCUGAACGUGAGAAGACGCUCCGACACCGUGAAGGAUCACAAAGCUUCCACUUUUAGAUACAGUGCUACCUUGACUUACCUGUGCCCCAACUUAUGAGUUGUUUUAUUUAUUAUUAUUUUUUUUAAUGCUAUGUGUUGCCAGUCAAAAUUUGAGGUAUGAAUAGUUUUAGACGCGGUGUUGCUCGAGUGCAGUGAAAAAAACGAAACAAUUAAGGCACUGACUUGAGGGGUACUCCACCAUAAGAUUUACUCAUUUUCAUGUUAAAUUAGCAUCAAUUACAGUGUCCCCUGCUACAUUGCGUUUUACCCUUCAUGCCCUCACAAGAUCGUUUUUUUUUUUUUUUAAGAGAUUGUUUUUUUUCAGGGUAAUUGGAUCAGGAUAUCCCUCGUUUCUUCUUUUUUUUUUUUAACCUGAUUCCCUGCUUAUUCACAUUUCCCCCCAUUUUUUUUCAUGUACUGUCAAUUAUUCUCAGAUUUUCGCCAGUCUCGGUCGAGCUCGGCCCCUAUUUUCUGUGAAUAGCGGGGAUCCACUGUAUGCUUACUCACUGUAAUGCCCUCGCAUGUGGGCAAGGGGAGCCACAGUCGCUGAUGCACUUACAGCUAUUUUUUGAACUGGACAAACAUUCAAACAGACAACUAAAAAAUGAGAACAUUUGCUGUAAGGAGCUGCUGUAGGCCACAGCCCACGAACAGACGCUCGCACGCAGAUUAACUGACUCCAGCUCCUGAUGGGCCACGCCCCUUAAAAGGCACACAUGCAACACUAAAGUUGCUGUUGUGACUUUUCAUCUUAAUUAUAAGUAAGUCAUAAAUCAAGGUACCACUGUAUUGUUGUUGUUUUAUUUUUUUCAAAAUUUAUGUGACUUCCUGCAAAGUAGUCAGUGGGCAAAGCACAUGCAGGAUUACUUGAAGACCCCUCGUGGACGCGCUCAUCCUUCCGGCAUGCAUUUGAUUUCUUCACGGGGACAAAGUCCAAAAGUCUCGCCAAAAAGACUCUUGCUUCAGGAAACCAGCAACGUGAGGGAACGUGGCCUCGAGGACUUUCAGGGAGAGAAACUGUGCUUCUGCAGAGUGAUAUUUAUUUGAAGAAAAAGUGGAUUUACUUGUAGCACUGAUCAUCAAAUGAAUGCAACCUCCAGCCUGUGGGCCAAACACGGCCCACUGCAGCACCUCUAUUAACCAAACCUCAGAGAUUAACGAUCUUCUAAAGAGCCCAAAAACAUUUAACCCGCAAAUGUUCAUAAUAUAGAAUAAUAUCUUCUUCUUUAUUUUUUACUUAUAAAUUUAUUAUGGCCUUUGGAGGACUUUUUAAGGUUCCACGUACCUGUUCUAAAUGUACAUACAAUAUACAACUUAAUAAUUGUAAUAUGGUAACCAUAACUUAUGAGACCUCGUUCUUGUGGAAAUUUAGUAGGAUUUCGUUGGGGAAAAUUUUUUGGGGUGAAAUUUGUAGAAGAUCAUCCAGGACAUGAUUAUCUGCAAAGGUUGAAUUAAGGCAACUGGACUCUUCUUGUUUGUUGUUUGUAUCCAAAAGACUUCUUCGGUUCUAAAUUUCCGGUGGGUGUGAGAAAAUCUAACAAUUUAGUGUUUAUUUUUUUAAAACAAAGAAGAAAAAAAACAACACCACCAAAAAUAUUUUUCUUAAUGGUUCAGCUAACACCACCAUUAUAUUUCAAGGGCACUCCACUGUUGUGCCCCACCAUACACUCCCGCCAUGUUUGUAGACUGUUACGGGUGGGGCACACCUCUGUUUGCACCAACAUAAGAAUUCAGGGAGAGGGUCUCAACUGUUGGCCCCAACAUGAGAUUUUAGGGGCACUUCACUAUUUGCCCAAACAAAUGUAUUUUAGACUGUUUGCCCCAAUGACUGAACACUUUUUAGUCCAGUUUGUAAUAGCAUUCUUAUGUUGUUGAUUUUUUGGGGGUGUGAUUUCCUACUAAAUUCCUGCGGGAACACAUGUAGGUACGUGUAAAACGCUAACAGUCCCUUCUCUGGUCUACGUCAAUGUGUGCACCACUUUUCCCCCUCAUAUGUAUGACGCAUCGUACCAACGUUUUAGUUCGCUAGCGUGCUUUGUGUGGAGAUUCUUGAACUAUGGCAAAUAUUCUGUCGUUAAAUGAAGUGUGCUCCCUACUAAAUUCGAUGCAUUAAAACUUCAUAAAAUGUUCCAGAUUUGACGGUAAAACUGUAUUCCCUGUAUUUGUUUGUUUUUGCAUCACGUGUAUGUUGUGUCUUAUGCCAGGGGAAAUGCUUGUCGUUUGUUUCUCAGGUGAAUAUUUGGGCAAUAAAGACUAUCCCCUAUG